AACUGCGAUACAAAUUUUACUAUGAGACAACUUCGUGGUAGAACGCUGAGAUAUUUGAAGGUAGCAUGUUUUCUUCUGUUCAUGGUGUUCAUCAUCUGGUACACAGUGAGCGCCCUGAAGAAAAAAGUCACGCCAUUAUACGCCAGUGGAGUGGUGGAACAGAGAAUUGGCGACCUCCAGUAUGAUUUUUCCACGGGAAUGUUCGUGUACAACAGUGGUAGAAGUACAUACCUACAGGGUAUCGUCUCCGAGACUCUCAGGUCGACCUUUACAGUAGCAUGUAAAUCAGAACAGAACAAAGCCACGAGCAUGUGUCUCCACUGGCUUAGAUACGCCAAACUAGAGAUUUUGAAAACAGACAACUGUCAUCAUGUGAAGUGGACUCCAACCAGCCGUGACUUUAUUCCACAUGAUUGCUUUUCUCUACGGAGUGCCCAUUGGUAUGGGGGUGCAGAGCUUUACGACCAAACAUGGCCCCUUGAAACUGCUGAUGUACCUAAACAGCCCUAUCUCUCAAAUGACAUUUUGUUUCGAUCAAACACAGAGAAAAAUGGAGGCAGAAACAUGUUUGGAAAUGUUGUUGAUAGAUUUUGGAUAAAUUCCAAUGGUGUUGGGAUUGUAGUAAACAGUGAAGUACCCCUAUUUGUGAGCAUAAAUGAAAGUAAAAGUAACUUACUCUGUUUUAGUGCAGAUUAUACAAACUCACCGUAUCCAAACCCAGACAGUAAAACGCCUGUACUGGAGUACAGUGUGUGUAAGGAGGACAGCAUUAGUAAGAUACACAAGCUGCUACAGAAGAAGUAUUUCCACGUGCCGUUAGGUCUACCAGACAAAAGUUUAAUGCAAGGUAUUGUAUGGUCUACCUGGGGUAGAUUCAAGCCUAAUCUGACUCAGGCGCUGUUGUUAUCACAUGCUAAAAAUGUCAGUGAUAAGAUCGCCCCACACAAACUACAAGCCAACUUCAUAGAAAUAGAUGAUAAAUAUUCUACAAGAUUUGGGGAUUUUAAUUUUGAUGAAUCUGCAUUUAGAAACUCGCAUCAAAUGAUUAGUUAUUUGAAAGAAUACAAAUUUGAUGUCAUUGUUUCUAUGACACCAUUUGUUAGUGUAGAAUCAAAAGCAUUUAAAAGUAAAGCAGAUUUACUGAUUUCUGAUGUUGAGGAGCGUAGCCCUUCCCUAAUGAGAUGGUAUAGUGGCCUGAUGGGUGUGGUAGAUGUAACACGUGAAGACACUGUCACUUGGUAUAAUGCACAAUUAGCCAACAUGAUCAAAGAUUAUGGCAUAAAGUCAUUUAAUUUCCAUGGAUGUGAAUCUAAUUUUUUACCAAAAAUUCAUAAAACAUCCAGACUUCUUGCAAACCCUGGAACAUUUACUACAGAGUUUGUGUCACAGAUGAGUUCUACAGCUGGAGGCCUAGUACAAGUGAGUUGUGGUUACAGCAGCCAGCAGUACCCUGUCUACACAAAAUCAUCACGAAAAGAAUCUCAUUGGUCCCAUAAAAACGGACUACGAAGUGUGAUUCCCUCCAUUUUGACACUUGGUAUCCUUGGCUACCAGUUUGUUGUACCUGACAUCGUCGGUGGGACAGCGUAUGGGGUAAACGGGUCGUUAGCUAUGUCCAAACCUGAACCAGAACUAUAUAUUCGUUGGAUGCAGCUUUCAGUGUUUAUGCCCGUCAUAAAAUUUGCCUUCACACCAUGGGAUUAUGACAAAGAUAUUGUAGAUAUAUUCAACAACUUGAUCAAGAUACGGAAAGAGAAAGUGAUUCCAUUACUUCUGAAGGCAAUGCGUGAGGCAGAGAUGACAGGUGCCCCAAUUAUCCGUCCAAUCUGGUGGGGCUCUCCAAAGGAUGAAAACGCCCUGUUGGUGGACUCUGAGUUUAUGGUAGGAGAUUCCCUUUUGGUGGCCCCGAUAUUGAAGAAGGGUGCUAAGGAUAGAGACAUCUACCUCCCUGAAGGGGACUGGCACGAUCAAAUUAAUGAUCAACAUGAACAAGGAAAACAGUGGCUCAAGGCACACAAGGUCAAACUCACAGAGGUGGCGUACUUCACUAGGACUCAUAUUCUGGCAUAAAUCAUAUCAAAGCAUUGUGUUGCUAGUCAGGCCCAGCUUUUACAAAGUUUUCCUAGAUUUGUUCUGAAAUUAUUUGUCUAUGUAGCAUUAUUAAUUUAUGCCAAGUGAUCAUGAUGACUGUUACAAUAUUACGUGUGCAUCCCUCUGAGAUACUGUAUCAAACUGGUUAAACUCUGACCGUAGAACAGUGUAGAUAGUGUAUGUACACAAUAACCACUCUCUUGCAUAAUAAUACAAUUAAUUUUCCAACGCUGCAACAUCUUUAAUUCAUGAAAAUUAUCACUGAUGAAAAAUUAAGGUGUCUACAAUGAUCAAAUACUUAAGGUAUGAUAUAAAGUUUGAUUGUCCAAAUACUUCAGGUAUGAUAUCAAGUUUGAUUGUCAGAAUACUUAAGGUAUGAUAUAAAGUUUGAUUGUCCAAAUACUUCAGAAUUUGUUUGAAACAAGACUAGCACAUAUAAAAAAAAGUAUUUGAUGUAAAAAUCACUUGAAUGAAUUUGUACUGGUCAGUGUUGAAGAGAGGCUAUAUUAUAUCAUACAUGAAUCUUGUCAAAUUUGGGAGAUAGCUGUAGUAACUUUUGGAAAAGGUGACUAAUGUAAAACUGCUUUAAAUGUCUGAAAAAAAGGAUAUGUUAUAAUAAGUAUUCACCACAUUUGAUAUUUGCUCACUAUUGAAAUAUACAUCAUGUAGUCUUUCCAUAAUGAACUAUAUAUAUAUGUGUGUAGAUAAUUUUCCUGGUGGAAUUUGUUUAAGGUUGAAAAUAUCUUGUAAUAUGAUUUAUAGUUAUCCUUUUAAUGAUGCUGAAGUUGUAUUUAACAUGCUGUAUAAAUCAUGUUGUUUUCUAUAACAGGUUGUAGCUAUAGGAAUUUUUAACAUGCCACAGUCAUCUAUAACAUGCUAUAGUCAUCAACUUGUUACAGUUAUAUAACAUGCUAUAGUUAUCCUAUAGCAUGCUAUAGUUAUCCUAUAACAUGCUGUAGUUAUCCUAUAACAUGAUGUUGUUAUCUAUAACAUGCUGUAGUUAUCUAUAACAUACUGUAGUUAUCUAUAACAUGCUAUAGUUAUCCUAUAACAUGCUAUAGUUAUCUAUAACAUGCUGUAGUUAUCCUAUAACAUGAUGUUGUUAUCUAUAACAUGCUAUAGUUAUCAUAUAGCAUGCUAUAGUUAUCCUAUAACAUGCUGUAGUUAUCCUAUAACAUGAUGUUGUUAUCUAUAACAUGCUAUAGUUAUCCUAUAACAUACUGUAGU